UGCUUAGUAACACUUUCGCGCAGGACGUUCCUGUGCCAGGGGUGAACUCCGUUAUCUCUCCUCCUACACACAGGGUGUAUCUCCUUAUAGGCUUCAACGGGAACUCAAGUAGCUGUAGCUGCAAUUAAGGAGCCACGCCUGUUGCGCUUUAAUUUCACUGAAUUAUUUUAACAACCGCUCCCUGGAGCUAAAAGAGCAGCCUUAAGAGGGGCACAGAUCUCUCCCUUCUCUCUGUAUAUAUUUUAUUAUUUUUUUUUAUUUCAAUUAUUUUAUUAUCGCGAGAGCCAACAGUACCACCCCCCUUGACCACGGCUCUCUGUCUGGGAGUUAAUAGCUCCAUUCGGUCACCCAGCACUCUGUCCGGGAACACGCACUUGAACAGCAAUGGAGUACCUCAAGUUUUGUUUAGUGUUUUCAUGCUGGAUCAAGUUUGUAAAUUCUGUGUUCUCUACUGAUGCACCUCAACCUCACGCGCCCAUUCCUAACGAGAAAUUGCUCGUCUUAACUGUCGCGACAGAAGAAACAGAUGGCUUUCUUCGCUUCAUGCAGUCUGCUAACUACUUCAGCUACACUGUGAAGGUGUUGGGAAUGGGAGAAGCAUGGAAAGGUGGUGACGUGGGUCGAUCUAUUGGCGGUGGGCAAAAAGUCAAACUACUGAAGGAGGCCAUGGAGGCUCUGGCUGACCAGGAGGAUCUUGUUGUCCUGUCUGUGGAUAGCUAUGAUCUUAUCUUCGCUGGGGGACCAGAAGAGAUUCUGAAGAAGUUCCAACAGGCCAAUCACAAAGUACUUUUUGCUGCAGAGGGACUGAUAUGGCCUGACAAGCGACUAGCUGACAAGUACCCCUUAGUCCGCAGUGGCAAGCGCUACCUCAACUCUGGAGGUAUAAUUGGCUAUGCCCCGUACAUAAACAGGAUAGUUUCACAAUGGAACCUCCACGACAAUGAUGACGACCAGCUCUUCUACACGAAGAUAUUCUUGGACCCGCUACAACGAGAAACUCUCAAUAUGACUUUGGACCACAAGUGCCAGAUUUUCCAGAAUCUGAAUGGGGCUGUUGAUGAGGUGCUUCUCAAGUUUGGAACGGACCGAGUACGAGUUAGAAACACAGUGUACGACUCUCUGCCCGUGGUCGUUCAUGGCAAUGGAAACACUAAAAUGUACUUGAACUACCUGGGGAACUAUGUCCCCAAUGCAUGGAACUAUGAACAUGGCUGUAGCCACUGUGAUGACGAUCUUGUGGACUUGUCUCAGUUGCAAGAAUAUCCAAAUGUAUUGGUUGGAGUAUUCAUUGAGCAGCCAACGCCAUUCCUUCCUGAAUUCUUCCACCGAUUGCUGACCCUGGAUUAUCCCAAGGAUAAACUCAAAGUUUUUGUCCACAACAACGAGGUUUACCACGAGAAGCACAUCCAGAAGUUCUGGGAAGAGAACAGGAAUGUGUUCAACAGUUUCAAGGUUGUGGGACCAGAAGAAAACUUGAGCCAAGGAGAAGCCAGAAACAUGGGCAUGGAUCUUUGCCGCACAGAUGCCACAUGCGACUACUACUUCAGCAUAGAUUCAGACGUCAUGCUCACCAACAGACAGACGGUGAAGCUUCUCAUUGAGCAGAACAGAAAAAUAAUUGGUCCCCUUGUCACUCGCCACGGCAAGCUGUGGUCCAACUUCUGGGGAGCCUUGAGUCUGGAUGGUUAUUACGCUCGCUCGGAAGAUUAUGUUGACAUUGUGCAGAGAAAACGCGUGGGUGUGUGGAACAUUCCUUACAUGGCACAUGUAUAUCUUGUCAAGGGAAGUGUCUUGAGGAAUGAGCUGAAAGAAAGGAACUACUUUGUUCUGGAGAAACUGGACCCAGACAUGGCUUUGUGUAGAAAUUCCAGAGAAAUGACCAGUCACAGAGAAAAAGACUCCCCUUCUCCGGAAUCAUUCCAUAUGCUCAGGCCCCCAAAGGGAGUGUUCAUGUACAUAACCAACCGUCACGACUUUGGGAGACUCAUUUCCACGGCCAAUUAUAACAUUUCUCAUUACAACAACGACUUGUGGCAGAUAUUUGAAAACCCUGCGGACUGGAGGGAGAAGUACAUUCACCAAAACUACACUCGAAUUUUCACUGAGAACUUCUUGGAAGAGCCUUGUCCAGAUGUGUUCUGGUUCCCAGUCUUUUCGGAGAAGGCUUGUGAUGAGAUAGUAGAGGAGAUGGAGCACUAUGGGGUAUGGUCCGGAGGCAAACAUGAGGACAAGCGGAUUACUGGAGGUUACGAAACCGUGCCGACAGACGACAUUCACAUGAAACAGAUUGGGUUCGAUAAGGAGUGGUUGCACUUCAUCCGGGAGUUCAUAUCGCCCGUCACAUUAAAAGUUUUCUCUGGCUACUACACGAAGGGCUACGCCAUAAUGAACUUUGUUGUAAAGUACACACCUGGGAGGCAGGCUUACUUGAGGCCCCACCAUGACUCCUCCACCUUCACCAUCAACAUCGCCCUCAAUAACAAAGACCUUGACUUCCAGGGUGGAGGUUGUCGUUUCCAUAGGUACAAUUGCUCCAUAGAGUCCCCAAGGAAAGGAUGGAGCUUCAUGCACCCAGGACGACUGACUCAUCUCCACGAAGGCCUCCCCACCACCAAUGGCACCCGCUACAUCGCAGUGUCCUUCAUCGAUCCUUGAACUAUCUGACUAUAAUGUAAAAUUGUCUUUUGACUGUGCUUCGCUUUUUUUUCUCCUGCAAAUUGUUUAUUUGAUUUUGUCAUUUGAAGUUUUGUGCACCAGAUUUAUUUUGCUGAUGCAAUUCUUUUUUUGUUUGUUUGUUUUUUAAAGCAAAUGCUUUAAAAAGAUUGCAUAUAAAAGAAUCUCUGUCAAACAGAGUGUAUAGCGGAAAGGGAAGUGACAAGAGUAAUCCACUUAGAUAGAUACACAGAUUUGAAAGACAAAUGUUGGCAGAGUAGUGCAAAACUCUUAAAUUUGUUUUUGAGAAAUAUCUGUACUGUAGGUUGUCAUGAUCUUCAUUGUUCUGAUUCAGUGCUGUCAUGGUAACCGUUUCACAUACGCACUGGUAGCCUUGCUAGCAAUUAGCUGGGUCUGUCCAGAUGUUUUGACGGCUUUCGUGUAUCUAUUUGUGUUUCAGGUAAAAUGUCACUGAAUGCAUUUAUGCAAUGUUUAAAAAAAAAGAAGAAAGAAAUGACUACUGGUGCUUUUCAACCUUCCAUAUUUCUGAAAGAUUCCCUUCAUAUAUGCUCUGUAAGUUAAGGUGUUUGUCCACCCUGAACCAGGCAUUUUUAUUAAGGUUUGUUUUUGUGCCCAGUUAGAAAGAAAACUAUUUUUGUAACUGCACAAGAGAAAGACAAGGCAGCAGAAUUCAGCUUGAAUUCUGUUUGAUUGAAGUUCGCGUAUUACCUUUUACUUGAAAGCUUUUCCUCAUUUUCUUUCUUUUUUUUCAUCAGAAACCUUCAGCUUUCAUUUGCUCUGCAGUAUUUUUCUAUCCGACUGAUGCGUGUGACUGGAUUUUGAAUCUCACCAAAUAAAGUUGUUUAACUUAUUGACAAAAUUUAUAAAAGUCUCUAUUAAAAGCUA